AUGGCCUCCAUGUCCGCACUUCCCCAACCGUCACGGCCAACAACCAACCCCCCGACCGGGGCACUCCCACCGAUCCCGAACCCCAAACCGAGGAAAAGUAUGCCAGCUCCCGAUGCCCCCCGAGCCACCUCACCAUAUCAACCGUCGAAGCUGCGGACCCCGUCCAGUCCAAGGCCCUCUCUCUCCCGCUCGCCGCUAUCGAGUUCCAAUUCCACCUCGAACCUAAGCACGGUCCGCUCCGCAUCCAGUGGCCGUGCGCCCAGCAGCCCCGAGAAGGCGUCAUUGCGCCGGACCAUCAGCAUUGCCUCGUUCCCACAACCGCCCAAGGCCGGAAGUACUCUUCCCUCCCCGGCAUCGUCCGUCUCGGGCGUGCCGGGCAUCGGUGCCACGGGAAAUGCGAAACCAAAGCGAAGCUCGCGGCUGAGUACCGGCACCAAUAGCAGCUACCGGAGCUCAAAAACACCGUCCCUGCUCAAUGGAAGUGGCGACGGGAAGUCGAUCCUCUCGGACGCCCGGGACCCGGAAGCCUCCCCAGCGCAUAGUAGGAGCUCUUCCGCGCAGGGUUCUUGUUCGACUAGCGCGACAACAUUCGAGGAUGCAGAGGAUGCAACCGGCCCCGGUAAGGGGAGCAAUCCCAAACCGAAAGAAACGAAAGGCAAUGUCCUGGUCAGCGUGCGGGUGCGGCCCGAUACGAAUGGAGGCGAGACUCCGAGAAACCACGGGGAAUGGGUGGUCGAUGGACGCCAAAGCCUCAUUUCUCACCGAGGUAAAGAUGGCGGCGAUUAUUAUUACGGUCAGUACGCCCUCCUCGGCACAGACAAUGUUUUCAGUCCGCAAGAAAACAAUGCCAAGGUUUAUGAUUCGGCAGCGAAACGACUGGUCCGGCGGGUAAUGGAGGGAUACCAUGGAACCGUCUUUGCUUAUGGUAUGACGGGUACCGGCAAAACGUUCUCUAUGCAAGGAACAGCCACCUCGCCCGGUGUCAUCCCGCUCGCCAUUACCGACAUUUUUUCCUUUAUCAGGGAAACCCCUUACCGAGAGUUCCUCCUUCGAGUCAGUUACUUGGAGAUCUACAAUGAAAAAAUUCACGAUCUUCUGUCUACUCCCGUUGCCAAUGGCGCCGCAGCGCCGCAGCAGGAGGAAAUCAAGCUCCGCGAAGAUAGUAAACGCGGCGUAUACGCUACACCGCUGAAGGAAGAGAUCGUACAGAGCCCGACGCAGCUCCUGCGAGUUAUUGCGAGGGGAGAUCAUGCCAGACGAACAAGCAGCACCCAAUUCAACUCACGCAGUUCUCGCAGUCACGCGGUGGUUCAAAUUGUGGUCGAGAGCCGAGAACGAGUACCUGCAAGCAGCUCGCAGGACAAACGAUCUGGAAUUGCCCCUGGUGGUGUCCGAGUGUCAACUCUGAGUUUGAUCGACCUGGCUGGCUCGGAGCGCGCGGCCGACGAUAAGGAGCGCCGAACUGAAGGUGCCCAUAUCAACAAGAGUCUGCUCACUUUGGGCAACAUCAUCUCGAAGCUCUCGGAAAACAAAGACAAGCAAGGCAACCCUACGGACCGGGAAGGACGGCAUUUACCGUAUCGCGAUUCCAAAUUAACGCGAUUGCUUCAGCCGGCCUUGUCAGGAAACUCUCUGGUAAGCAUUCUCUGUACCAUUCAGUUGGUCAAUGGCAUCAACGCGCACUCGGGUGAAACACUGAAUACGUUGAAAUUUGCUGCACGGGCCAAGAACAACAUCGUCAGCCAUGCAAAGCGAGCCGAGGAAGCAUAUGGGGGCGGUGGUGGUGAUUCUGGAAGUCGCGUCUUGCUUGAACGCUACCGCAUGGAGAUCCAAGCUCUUCGCGGGCAACUUGAUACCCAAGCCAAGGCGCAGGCGGAGAAGGAGCUGAAAUGGGAUGAACAGCAGUAUGAAAAGGAAGCUCAGGCCCGUCAUGAGGAGCAGGUCCUAGAGAUGCAGCUGGCCCGGACGGCUUUGAAGGAACGCAUCGAGCAUUUGAAUCGAUUGAUAUUGAGCUCCAAGUCAACUGGUGUCAACAGUCACAAUAGCCUCUCGGCAUUUGGCAGGUUGUCUAGAAUGUCCUCCAUUGAAUCGGGAACACGCUCCCUCCGUUCAUCAGCCAGCCAGUCCACCCUGGGCGCUGCUCAUUCGUCUAUCCGGCCCGUCUCUUUCAUGUCUAUCAAUAGCACUGAGCCCACGGGUUCCUUGCCAUUCUCGGGUGGCUCUUUUGGCAACGAAGAAGAAGACGAUUUGGGUGAAUUUGGCGAUGGGAAAGCGAGCUUGCAACGACAGGUUACCGCACUACAAGCCGACCUUGGUGACAAGAACCGAUAUAUCUCGACUCUCGAACGCAGACUGCUUCAAGCCCGACGCUCAAGCCAUUCUCGAAUGUCAGUGGGGGUCAAAUCGAGCACACCAACCGCCACAAUCGCCGAGCAUCCGGAUAUGAUGGCUCUGAUUCGCGAGAAAGACAUGGAAAUCAAUGAGCUCCGUAUACAGCUCGACGACAAAGAUCGGAUGCUCGCUGCACUUCGAUCUGCAGCGCGUCAUCGAGAUUUAGCUGCGGUUACUAGCGACUCGCAGUCAUCCGAGCUCAAAACCAAAGAAGAUUUGACUUCAUCCGGUCCCAACAGUCCCCGGGGUCUAAGCGAUAUAGCCGACAAGGCUAUGAGUCCUUCCGGACCGGCCCCAUCUGGGAAAUUUGGAGACAAAGAGGAUGACCGAAGAAAGAAUAUGGAUGAAGUCUCCAGGAUGUUGGAUGAAAUGAUCCAGGGCCGCGUCGAAAGCGGCCAUCUCGACAAGAGUGCUUUUGGGAACGCGAAGAAUAAUUCGAGGGAUAGCCGUCGGGUUUCGAGUUCGGCUGAGGUUCCAGGAUUGAAUCCCAACAUGCCUAUGGAGAUUGCCCCAAGCUCCCCAACAAGUUGA